UGUUCGUUUAUAUUUGGACGCUGCUCAAGAUCAUCAGAUUAUCAGUCUGUUUGACAACAUUACACUGAAGCGGUUGGAUUUUUACUAAUGGACACUUUAGUCUGUGAAAACUUGAUUAAUUUAUCAAUGUCGAAAGCAUUCUUCUUUUUGGUAGCUAUCGCAUCCUGGAUUUCACAGACUGGAGCAACAUGUCACGACAACGAAAUAGGUGAUUUGAUGGAAGGACAAGUUUUGGAUCAUCCUACUCGGCCAUGUCAAAGAUAUAUUUGCCAAAAUGAUACACUUAUAACAGUUAAUUCAGGCUGUGUGUUCAAUGGUACUUGUUACAGAAUAGAUAGUGAAUGGCAAUCGGGAUGUCAAACAUAUAAAUGUGACGUCAAAUUUAAAAAUAAUAUUGUAUGGUAUAUAUCGGAAGUAAAAGUACCCCGCUGCGAACAUGGUGAUAAAUGUUUUGAAAAGGGUCAAGAAUGGGUAGAGAAAUGUGGUACUUACACAUGUAAAGUAGUUAAUAGUAAUGGAACAUACAUUUGUGAACCAAUUAGAAUACGACAAGAAUGUACGGAUAUCAAUGGUAAUUGUCAUGGUUCAGGAGAUACAUUUCCGUUCAAUUGUACUGGAAUUCCAUGUGACUGUACGUGCGCAACUGAUGCUAAUCCAGUCCGGUAUAGAUGUCAAGUUCCAAAUGUAAUUAAAUAAAACGUCGGAAUACUGUACAACUUUCAAACAUGUAGUGUGGAAUGUUUAUUUUGAAGAAAAAAACACUUCUACAUCAAAUAUUGAGCAUGUUGGAAUAUUACGGAACAGACUUAUUACUGAACCAAUUUAGAAGAUAUCAUGUUACGUAUGACUUGUUUUCAAAUACCAUUAAUUAUAGCUGUAU